CCCAUCACGGCUGAGAAGCUGCUCAAACACCGCUUGUUUACAUGCAUUUUUAUACAAGAAAAACCAACGCAAACGUGCCUUUCCUUACAUUAAUCAUUUGCAUUCGGGAGGAACGUUAGCAGCGCGCUGUUGCUUCUGUAAAGUCUUUGGAGUCAAACCUGCCGAGGCGAUUAAAUAUUAACUUCGUUUAUUGCUUUGGGUACGGGCAGCGAUCUCCACUCACUGAGCUGCUCAGAACACACAGAUCCCGUCCACACGUGUGUGUGUGUGUGUGUGUGUGUGUGUGUUUGAGCAGGCACAAUCAGCCGAGAGGGAUUAAAACCAUAGGGUUUUGUAGUGUUACUAUAAGGAGUCUUUUGAGUGGCGUCACUAGCUGUGUUUCCGUUCAGCUCUUCACAUGCGCUCUUUGGGAUAUCGCAUACAUUACUAAAUAAAUAAGCGAUGGAUGGAAAUCGCAUAUAAUACAAUGUAAACCUUUUUACUGAAUAAGUUCCUUAAUGCACAUCUAAAAAGACGUGAUACUUUCCUGGUUUGUUGUUGAGUAUCUGUGCUGGUAGUGAGUCAAAAUAAAGAUCAGGCCCUCUUUAACAAAUCAAAACAUUGUUAACCGACAAUUAAAUGUAGGUAAGUUUGGUAAAAAUGCAACAUUGAGCAAGAAGCUGAGCAAAUCACAUUAUUAUUAUUAUUAUUAAAGACUACAUCUGGAUCAUAUUUGGACAGUUUUAAACGAUUUCAAUUGAUCACGCCAUUCUUCUGUAGUUUAUUCAGUCUUUUUGUUAUUUUCAGCUGAACAUUCAGUGCAUACCUACAUCAAGCCAUUCUCAUUGAUAUCGCAAUAUGAUGCUUUUUUUUUUUUUUUUUUUUUUUAAAUCGGUAUUAUCGUCGAUGGUAAGCUACGGCACACCCCUAACGCAUAAUAACGUUAUCAAUUUCAGUUAUAUGUGGUUUAGCGAUUGCACUAUUGUUCAUGUGCAUUGUUUGUUUCAUUGUCUUCCUCGCCUUUCUAGACUCGUUCAGAGUUAACGGUGAAAACACGGGAACUUCACAUUGCGUGUUCGGUGGAGAAAGAGUUCGUCCCGACGAUUCCCAAAUGAUUUAUCUGAUAUUCCAAUUUUGCGCAUGUUUAUAUCGUAACUGGAGAUGGAAACGUAUUACUAGCGCGCAAACGAUGCAUUAGUGACUGAUGGUGAUGUUGUGUGUCCCAGGCGCCAUGCAGACCCCAGAGGCAGGCGCUGACUCCACGUCCAACGUGCCCCUCCAGACCAGCGUGCCUGUGCCGCCUGCGGUCAGCGCCCAGCAGGUGGCGUCUCAGGUGCCCGUCCAGCAACAGGCGCAGACUGUUCAACAGGUCCAGCAUGUGUAUCAAGCACAGGUGCAGUACGUUCAGGAGGAAAACAAUGGCGUUUACACCAACGGAACCAUACGGACGUAUUCGUACUCGGAACCGCAGCUGUACAACCAGAACAGCGGCGGGAACUACUUCGAUACGCAGGGCAGCUCGGCUCAGGUGAGCACGGUGGUGUCCACUCACAGUAUGGCCAACAACGGCAACGGGAACGGCGCCCUGGCCAUGGGGCUGUCCGGAGGUCAGAUCAUCAGCAGCUCAGGAGCCUAUCUGAUUGGAGGAAACUCCAUGGACGGCUCCGCCCCUCACAGCGCCGCCCAGACCACUAGAGCCUCCCCCGCCACGAUUGAAAUGGCGAUUGAGACGCUCCAAAAGUCUGAAGGUUUGUCCAGUCAGAGAAGUUCGCUGCUCAACAGCCAUCUGCAGUGGCUCCUGGAUAAUUACGAGACAGCGGAGGGCGUGAGUCUGCCCCGAUCGACCCUCUACAAUCACUACCUGCGUCACUGUCAGGAGCAGAAGCUGGAUCCGGUCAACGCCGCGUCCUUCGGGAAGCUGAUCCGCUCCAUCUUCAUGGGGCUGCGCACCCGCCGCUUGGGCACCCGAGGGAACUCCAAGUACCACUAUUACGGGAUUCGCGUGAAGCCGGACUCUCCUCUGAACCGGCUGCAGGAGGACAUGCAGUACAUGGCCCUGAGACAGCAGCCCGUCCAGCAGAAGCAGAGAUUCAAGCCGGUCCAGAAGAUGGACGGCGUUUCAGGAGAGAACUUCUCCACCGGGGGGCAGCACACUCCCAGCGCUGCGGAGCAGACCUUCAUCGCUCAGAGCCAGCAUCAUCAGCAGUUCCUCGAUGGGACCAGAGCUCUGCCGGACUUCGUGGACCUUGACCUCGGAGAGCCUGUGGAAGGCGUCGGAGCCGAGGACGUCAAAGCCCUUCAGACGCUCUACAGAGAGCACUGCGAGGCCAUUUUGGACGUCGUGGUGAACCUUCAGUUCAAUCUCAUCGAGAACUUGUGGCAGACUUUCUGGCGCUACUCUCCGUCCAGCUCCGUCGAGGGCGUCACCAUCACAGAAAACAGUGGCAUGAGCGAGAUCGAGGGCCGCCUGCCGAGGACCACGCUGAUCCUGCUGUGCCGAAACGAGGCCGUGCUGAAGUGGAUGAACACCUGUGAUCACCUGAUGUACCAGGCCCUCGUGGAGAUCCUCAUCCCUGACGUUCUGAGACCCAUUCCUAGUGCCUUGACUCAAGCCAUCCGUAAUUUUGCCAAAAGCCUUGAGGGCUGGCUCACCAAUGCCAUGAGCAGCAUUCCCCAGAGAAUGAUCCAGACCAAGGUUUCCACUGUUAGUGCCUUCGCUCAGACGCUCCGCAGAUACACGUCUCUGAAUCAUCUGGCGCAGGCGGCCCGUGCCGUUCUGCAGAACACCUCCCAGAUCAACCAGAUGCUCAGCGAUCUCAACCGGGUCGACUUUGCCAACGUGCAGGAGCAGGCCUCGUGGGUGUGCCAGUGCGAGGAGGGCGUAGUUCAACGCCUCGAGCUGGACUUCAAGGCCACCCUCCAGCAGCAGAGCUCCUUGGAGCAGUGGGCGGCUUGGCUGGACAACGUGGUCACUCAAAUCCUGAAGCCGUACGAAGAUAAACCCACCCUCCCCAAAGCGGCGCGCCAGUUCCUGCUCAAGUGGUCCUUCUACAGCUCUAUGGUCAUCAGAGACCUGACCCUGCGCAGCGCUGCCAGCUUCGGCUCUUUCCACUUGAUCCGGCUGCUGUACGACGAGUACAUGUUCUACCUGGUGGAGCACCGCGUGGCGCAGGCGACCGGAGAGACGCCCAUCGGGGUCAUGGGAGAGUUUCAGGACCUGAAUACCAUGUCACCUGCCAACAUCGACAAAGACGAGGUGAGCGAGAUGGACAGCGAUCUGGACGAGGAGAUGGAGGAGCCGGACGAGCCUCUGGCCAAGCGGGAGAAGGCGGAGACCGAGGUCAUCCAGGUGCUGCAGGUGGGAGCCAUGGAGGACGGCAGCAGCGCGGUGGUGGGUGUAGUUCAGCCCAGCAUGCUCAGCGAACACAUCCUGAGCUCCAGCGGAACCAGCACCAUCCGCCACUGCAGCAGCCUGGGAAACACGUACGCCUCGGUCUGAAGAGACAGAGCUCGGCGCGGGAGGAGAUGCUGAUUGUACAGUUCAAAGCCCUAAUGUUCCCGGGUGAAAAACAUGCACUUCUGUAACGUACUUCAAGUGCUUUAUUUUUGCGCACUAAUUAAUGUACUUCGUACACUGAAAAUGGUUCUUUAGUACUUCUACGGUUCUCAAAGGUGCUGAAUACGAACUAAAAUGUGCUUUUAACAUGCACUGCAAAAAAAAAAAAAAAAAAAAAGACUUUGUCUUGUUUUCUAUCUAAACCUUCUUGAAUCAUGAUGCAUUUAAAACUAAAGUGAUUUGAGAAAUUAAGUCUUGUUUUCUGAAGAAAUCAAUUUUGUUAGUAAUAUGGGAUGAGAAAAAUAAAUUCUUAAAGGCAGAACAAUAAUCAUUUUUCUUCCCCCACUGCCUGAUCAUUUUUGCUUGUUUUAAGUAAAAUGUAAAUUUUAAACUUUAUAUAAUAUAUAUAUAUAUAUAUAUAUAUAUAUAUAUAUAUAUAUAUAUAUAUAUAUAUAUAUAUA